AUGCGUCCGACCCCCGCAAGGCUACUUAAUGUUCUUGUUCCGAUCAAACGGUCGAUCGACUAUGCGGUGAAAAUACGAGUCAACCCACAGCAAACAGGAGUGGAAACGAAUAACCCGUUCGACGAGAUUGCUGUCGAAGAGGCAGUGAGACUACGAGAGAAGAAAAAGGAUGUUGUCAAGAACAUCACUGUCGUCACUGUUGGCCCAACAAAGUCGAGUGAAGUAUUGCGAACAGCAUUAGCCAUGGGAGCAGACAAGGGCAUUCAUGUUGAGAUCCCCGAAACACUAGCUCCGGAGCCCCUCGGCAUUGCCAAAGCUCUCAAUCAGGUCGUGCAACGUGAAAAACCGGAUCUUGUGAUUUUGGGCAAGCAGGCCAUUGACGACGAUGCUGGCCAAACUGGCCAAAUGCUUGCUGGCUUGACUGGAUGGGCACAGGCUACGUUUGCAAGCAAAGUAGAAGUAGACGAGUCACGGGGCGUGGUCACCGUUACACGAGAGGUCGAUGGCGGCUUACAAAAGGUCGAAUGUAAACUUCCAGCGAUCGUUACUACGGAUCUACGGUUCGUAUAUCUUCGUUAUAUCAUGUCAUUUACUCACCCACCCUCUCUGUCGCCGCUGGAUGUUACCAGACUGAACGAACCACGAUAUACAUCGUUACCUAACAUUAUGAAGGCCAAGAAAAAGCCGAUAGAGAAAUUGACCGAGGCGGAUCUUGGGGUAGACCUCAAACCACGGAUCCAGACCGUAAAAGUCACCGAACCACCGAAACGCCAGGGUGGUAAAAAGGUGAGCAUCUGGCCUCCUCUGCAGGGAUCAUGUUUGCGAAUCGCUAAUCAUUUUGGGGUCCAGGUCGAAUCGGUGGAUGAGCUGGUGACCAAGCUCAAGGAGGCGGG